CCCAUGCAGGCUAAGCGCUUGGCGCACAGCGGUUCCACGCCAAAGCUACAAUAUGAGGAUCGUUUUGAGUCUCUGCCUAAUCGUUUACCUGUCGAAGUUCGUGUGCUCAUCUUUCACUGUCGUGGAAGCUAUUGUGGGCAAACCGGCAGUUCUUCCAUGUGCCAUCGUCUGCCAUGGCGAUAAUAACUGGAGCAGGUUCAUUCCUGACACAACCACAGUUGCUCGCUGCGUCAGCGGGACGUGCAGGAUCGGCGCUGAUUUUAAGGAAAGAUUUACAUUCACGGGAAACGCCACACGAGGGAACAUCUCCCUUCUGAUCAGUCCGGCUGUCUAUAAUGACAUCGGAUCCUACACCUGCAGCUGUGGAGGAAAAACAGCUGAUGUAAAGCUCCAUGUUUUUGUUCCUACUGUAGUGGUGGCGAGAGAGCUGGAGAACAUCACUCUCCCCUGCUAUGGCGACACUCGAAGGGAUGCCAGGGACGCACAGUGGCAGAAAGACGGACAACGUGUUCUGCACUACGACAGUAAAACUGGCACUGUGACCCAUGGCAGAGGCUACGAAGAAAGAUGUAUGCUGUCAAAAGGUUUUGCAGAUGGUGACCUGUCCCUCCACAUCGGAUCGGUUUCCGAAUCAGAUGAGGGAAUUUAUCGGUGUACCAUUCAUGAUGAAUCCCGGGAAGGAGAACCGCGUGCAGUCCUGCUGAAAGUGGAAAACAACAAAACAGAUGGAAGUCUCAGUUUUGGAACUGGAGUGUCUAUAGGAGUGGUUAUAACAGCUUUCACAGCCGUAUCCAUGGUCCUUGCCGUUUACCUUUGGAGAAGGUACAAAAGAUGUCAGCCAUUCCAGCAUCUGAUAAAGUUCCUCCUCAGGAGCUGACGAGCAUUUCUGCAGAAACUGAACCCCUCAAGAUUUCAACUCGGCCAUUCCUGGACUAGUCAUCUCAGGGUUUUUUGGAGCACCAUUAACAGUCCAGUAUCCUGCACCAACAACUUUGUAGCUUCAUGCCAGACCAGAAACAGUGAAUGUAAAGGCUAAGCUCAGCUGAGUAGACACUUUAGCAUCCAUCUUAGUGUUUACAUAUGUACAAUGAAAACACUUAACCUACUGGUUGCAGAUCUAUACACUAAGCCCUAAGAGCAGUUUAAGAGCUACCCCAUUUGUACUUUUACCUUGCCUGUUUCACUUUUUUUUAAUGGACAAAACUAUGCAUUUAUUCCUUCCCUUCACAGGUUUUUUUUAAAUUCUACUUUAAACUUGUCAUUUUAUUCUGUAACUGAAGUGAUCAUGUCUAGUUUAUGAACAUUUGUCAUGUACUUUGCUUAUGAUAUCAGGACAAAGCUUUUUGUG